CUCUCUCUCUCUCUCUCUCUCUCUCUCUCAUAAAGCUAAAAAAGCAGGGAAAAAAAACUUUUUUAUUCUCGCCUUUUUUUUCUUUUUUACCAGAUCUCUCCCACUUUAAUCCGCUUCUGCUUCAUUACAAUCUUGCACAAUGGAGACCUGCGUUGUACCGUACACACCAUCUCAUCAUUCCUGCAAUGAUGCUGCUUUUGCUCCUCCUCCCUCCCCAACCCCGUCUCCAGCCUCCGCCAGUGUCGAACAUGGCAAGAAGAGCAUAAAAGACACCAGCAACGACAGCAUAAACCUUCAAAAAGACGGUAACAGUAGCCCUGCAACCAUAGAAAACAGGGCCGCCCCUACUACACCUCGUCCCUGUCCAAAACCCAUCAAUCAACUACACCGCCGACUCUCCCGAUACCCGUCCACGACUUUAUCUGAUCUGAUUCCUGCUGCCACAGCCGCUCUCAAAGCUUCACAACAACUCAAAGAAAGCGAGAAAAAGCAGCAACAGCAACAGCAACAGCAACAGGAAGAAACCGAAGUAGCAGGCACUACGUUUGCACGAGCGCUUGCCAAAGUCAGAAUCCAGGUCAAGACUCAACGCUUGAAAGAGAAAUAUCUGACUCAUGAAUGGAUACGGCUUGCACUGGGUCUCCCAGUCGACGAAUCGAUCAUUAACAACACAAAGUACCCCUUGCCGCCCAUGAAGAGGAAACAGCGUGUGGAUACUACUAGUAGUGCGACAAACAACAACAACAAGGGAGACAAAGCGUUGGAGACAACAACAACAACAACAGCAAGUGAGAACAAAAAGAGCAUACGGAUGGUUGCUUUAAAAAGCUUAAACGGUCGCACAGGCGAGAUUGCGACUUGGUAUGAGUGGAAGAUCGAUAAAUCAAAGUUCACCGUGGAAGAGGUUGAGACCAAAGUGGAUCGAUUACGAACGAGAAUACAGGAGAAGAAGCAGCAACAGCAACAUCAACAGCAACAACCCCAACAGCUGGUCGCCAUUGCUGCUGAUGCUUGAUUAAUAGUCCCAUUCGUCAUAAUUCGUUCAUCACCUUUGGGUUUCGUACAUGCUUGUGUGUAUCUGUAAAUAAUUUCCUUUCGCAACCCCUCCCCCUUGCCCCACCAUAAAACACACACCUCCUUUUUGCUUCUCUAGUCCAGUGCAUGUCAUUCCCAGUUUCAACAAUCCUAUAGUAAUAAUAAUAUAUAUAUACAAAAUCGUG